UGAUAAUAUUUAGAAAACAAAUGAUUGUUGUGUUGUUGUUCUCGUGAAAAAACGUUAGUUCAAUUUGUCGGUUAACUAUUUUCUAAUAUGUCGUCGCCAAUACUGUUUUCGUAGCUUCAUACCGUUGUGCGCUCAAAUGGGAGCUUUUUGUGCAACCAUCAACCAGACGGUCAGAUUUAUCGAUCUCUUUAUUGCAUCAUAAUUCAGUGUUAAACGCUGUUUGUUUAGUAGGUGGCUUAUGACAAAUAUGGAAUUAGAUAUCGAUGAAAUGCCUGAUAACUCUCCUCUAAAGAAGUAUUCUAGUGAAUUAGCUACUCAAGAUAAAAUGAUUAUCAGAAUAAAGAAGCAAGAACCAGAUGUAGACAUUGAAGGUAAAGAUUCAUCCACAGAGCAAGAUGAAGUUGUAUCAUACACUUGUGAAUUUGUUCAAAAAGUUGAUGAAACUAAAUCAGAGUUGAUCGAAUUAUGUGAUGAACCAAUUGAAACUAUUCGUCAAGAUGAAAAUUUUAUAUAUCCAGCUAUAACAAACUCUGAUGAUGAAGAUACCAACGAUGCGACAUGGCAGCCACCGUCUAAUAUUUUAACUCCUGGAGACCGCCUAAUUCGCAAACAUAUUAAAUGUUUGUAUCCAAAAGUUGAAAAACCUUUAUCAAAGAAAAAGAAAUGUAAGAAUAACAAGACUAAUGAUGAAGUAGCAAUUAAACGUUUGAAAAAGGGUCGCUUACCAAAAUGUAAACAAGUUUUAGAAGACAUAGAUAUUUCAAAGCCAGCUACUGAUUUUGCUAAAGAAGACAUAACAAGUAUUGGUGAAUCAAUUACAAAAAAAAGUUGUGAUUCACAAACCCCUAAAGUUGGUAGACCAAGAAAAGGUAUGGCUACACCAAAACAACGCCUGGGACGUAUUAUAAAAAUACACAAAAUGAUAAAAUAACAACUCAAGAAAAAUCAGAAUAGAAUGCAUUUUCAUAUUUAAGUGCCAAAUAGUUUAUAUUUUUAAUAUCCAGUAGUAAAUUAUAAUGUUCCAAUAACGCAAUUGUAUAUAGAAGUGUAAAUUUAAUAAAAACUACUUAAAAGUAUUCUUACUUUUGCUGUCAUUUUGUAUAAAUUGAGACUUGUUAUUAAAAUAUCCAAAUUAAAA